CUGAUUUUUAUCAACGAUCUGCCAAACUGCCUACAUUAUAGCACCCCAAGACUCUAUGCUGACGACACCAGUCUAACGUUUUCCGACUGUACGGUUCAGACCCUUGAAAGGCAAAUGGAGCUCGACCUUAGUUUGAUACUAGUUUGGUUACGGGCUAACAAAUUAACACUGAAUACACUCAAGUCAGAAUAUAUGGUAAUURGCUCAAGACAGAGGCUUAAUGCCAUAGACGUAGACUCCUUAGAGCUUUCCAUUAAUGGAACUCCUUUAACUAGAGCCGACACGGUAAAAUGUUUGGGAGUCCAUUUAGACCAACAUCUGACUUGGGACUCUCACGUUGCCCAUAUUACCAAGAAGGUUGUAAGCAACCUAAGUGUUUUAAAGAAAAUCAAACCAUUUUUAAACAGAGAGUGUCUGCUCAGGGUUUUCUUUACAACGGUCAAUCCUUAUUUCGAAUAUUGCAAUCUAGUAUGGGAUGGGAUUGAUCAAAAACGUGCAGACAAACUCCAAAAAUUACAUAAUCGUGCUGCCAGAAUAAUCACUAGUGCUCCUUAUGAUAAAGUCAGAACACGAGAUGUCUUCCGGGACCUGAACUGGAAGCCUUUGCGUGUUUCUAGACUUGUGAGUAAGGCAGUCAUGAUGUUYAAAAUUGUUAAUGGCUUGGCCCCUCCUUACUUGGUCGAUCUUUUUCAAAAGGAGGUGGGGUCAAACCAUUACAGUCUACGCAAUUCAUUUAAAAACCUACAACUUCCUAAAGUUCGUGGGGAACAUCUAAAGAAUAGUUUCGCAUAUACCGGCGCAAAACUUUGGAACUCGCUACCAAAAAGUCUUAAGGAGGAGGAAUCUCUCCAUGCGUUUAAACGCAAAAUUAAAAAUUACGAUUUUUGCGUGGACAACAUUAGUUAUAGAUAGAUAAUUUUAUUAUUGUAUUGAAACCAAAUUAGCCAAAGUUAAACUUUGUAAUAUUUUUUUAAUUUAAUUCUCUUGUACGGCCUCUAGGGAGACCAGCGUAAAGUUGAUAGAGCUACCGUGUUUAAAUAAAGUUUGUUAU